GCAUAAAGUCUCUAUACAUAUCCUUAAUAGUUCCUUCAGGCAGUUGCUUGGUUAAUUCAUCCGGAUCUUAGUGUGGCUCACAGCUCUGCUGUCAGGUGAUCAUCACAAGACCAGUGGCUUAAUCCUCCUCUACAAAAGCAAGAACAGAAAUCAGAGGCUUUCUUAAUGUGCAUGGAGGCAACUGGAACACAACAUGAUUUAGCUGCAGGAAUUGUUUCUGUAGAUAUUAAACCUAUCACUGAAUCUAAUUCAAAGAUACACAGCAAGGAACCGUAGCAGAGUGAGAUUCCACACUCUUCUGGGGUAACUAAUUGAGCGUAUUACAGCUGAGAUUUGAUCUACAAACUGAUUUGUCACUGCUGACUGAAAGAAACAGGUGAUAUAUCAUGAUUGCUCUGGGUCUUGGUCUUCUUUGUUUACUCUUUGGCCCUGACCUGUCAGAGGCUCAGUUUCCUCGAGUGUGCUGCACAGUGGAGGGGAUUUUGUCCAAGCAGUGCUGCCCUGCUGUGGGCUCAGACCCUGCCAAUGUGUGUGGCUCACUGUCGGGAAGAGGAAGCUGCACUGCUGUUCGAGUCGACACCAAACCCUGGGGAGGACCGUACAGACUAAGGAAUGUUGAUGACAGAGAGAGGUGGCCGACCAAAUUCUUCAAUCAGACUUGCAGAUGUACUGGUAACUUUGCAGGUUAUGAUUGCGGCCAGUGCAAGUUUGGCUGGAUCGGACCAAACUGUGACCAGAGGAAAGCUCCCGUUGUGCGGAAGAAUAUCCACUCCUUGACCCCUGAAGAGCUCCAAGAGUUCCUGGACGCUCUGGAACUGGCCAAGAGCAGCAUCCACCCAGACUACGUCAUCGCCACUCAGCACUGGCUCGGACUCCUCGGACCAAAUGGAACCGAGCCACAGAUUGCCAACAUCUCCGUUUAUGACUUCUUUGUCUGGCAGCAUUACUACUCUGUUAGAGACACUCUGCUUGGUCCAGGUCGUCCCUUCAAAGCCAUUGAUUUCUCACACAAAGGGCCAGCAUUCAUUACUUGGCACAGGUAUCACCUCCUGAGUUUGGAAAGAGAACUCCAGAGACUUACUGGCAAUGAGAAUUUUGCAAUCCCAUAUUGGAACUUUGCCACAGGGCAGAGUGAGUGUGAUGUGUGUACUGACACUCUGCUGGGAGGCAGAAACCCAGACAACCCCUUCCUCAUCAGUAACCAGUCCCGGUUCUCCAGAUGGGGGGUGGUGUGUAACAGUCUCGACGACUACAAUCGUCUCGUGACCCUUUGUAAUGGAACCAGUGAAGGUUUCAUACAGAGAGGGAUGAUCCGGCAAGGCAACAGGACUCUGCCUACAAUGACUGACGUCAGAAGCUGUCUUGGAAUUCGGGACUUUGACAGCCCUCCCUAUUUCACCAACUCCUCCUUUAGCUUUAGAAAUGCUCUCGAAGGGUACGACAAACCAGAUGGAGAACUGGACGAAACCGUUGAUAACCUUCACAAUCUUGUCCACUCAAUGCUCAAUGGAACCAGCUCGUUGGCUCACUCUGCAGCCAAUGACCCCAUCUUUCUGGUGCUCCAUGCUUUCACUGAUGCUAUUUUUGAUGAAUGGAUGAGAAGGUUUGUUCCAUCCAACGCCACUUUCCCAGAUGAGAUGGCCCCCAUUGGACACAACAGAGACUACAACAUGGUUCCCUUCUUCCCUUCCAUUACUAAUGAGGAAGUGUAUGUUCCAUCUGAGCAGCUGGGAUAUUCUUAUGCCAUUUCCCUGGAUGAUGCAGAUGGAGGACCGGCUGUUUUUGUGCUGGGCUCCACUCUGGGAGGAAUCUUCAUCGGUCUCCUGGUACUUCUCCUUAUCUUUGUGCUCUACCUGCGUCAGCGGAGAAACAGAGGCUUUGAACCUCUGAUAAAAGCAGAUUUCACAAAUAGAAAGUACACAGAAGAAGCCUAGAUUUCACCUGUUGUUCUGAAAUGCGCUUGAGUGCUCAAACAUACCUCAUAGUAAUGGAGCACCCUGUCUGCUGUCACGACUGUGAAGAAGAGCAGAAUAAUAAUCUUCUCUUUGAAUAGCAUGUUGUUUUUUAGCUGUUGCAUCUAAUUUCAUGUUAGCAAAUGAAUCACACGAUUGUUCUACCAAGUACCUCGCACUCUUAAAUCAGUCUUCAAUUAAAUGCAUUUCUACUUUAACCAGUUUUAACCUGAUUUACCAUCUCAAUCAUCAAUAUAUAUAAAACAUAUAUGAUUACAAA